AAAAAUCAACGGAGUUUCCAGCAUUUUGUGCAUGAGAGAAUUCUGUUAAUUCAAAAAACCAAAUGAACUUUUUCGACACAAAUUUCAUUGGUCUGUGAUAAGUGAAGGUCAAGCAAGAAAAAAAGGGAAGUUUUUAAUGGAAAAUUAAAAAGGCAACCACAAACAACACGAAGCGGAACACAAACACAAAACAGCAAACGGAAAAGAAAACCGCAGAAAGGCAGCAUUUCAAAUUAGUACAAUUGUAGAAAUUAUUUAAUGCCUCAAAUGAUUUGCGCAUAAAACUCGGCAAAGCAAUAAAAACAACAGCAGCAGCAGCAGCAGCAGCAACAACAACAGUGCGGUUUCACACAAAAAGGCAGCCAUAAAAAUUAUUUAGCCAAAUUAUAACACAAUUUAUUUGCAUCAUCAACUGCAAGGCGGCAGCAGACCCAGGCCCACCCAGGCACUUCAUUAAACAUCAAAGCGAGCUGUGUUUAACCGCAGAACGUGCGAAAUCCACACCGCAAUACAGCAGCAGAGGCAACAGCAGUAAUAGCAGCUACAGCAACAACAUCCACUAAAAGUGCAACUGCAACAGGAAACGGAAACGAAAACGGUUGUACCAUGUUGGCCAUGCCCACUCUGAUGAUGCCAGCCACUGCACAGAUGACGCUCAGCAGUCAGCCACUGUCGGUGGGCGCCAAGCCCUACGAGACGAAGCUAUUGGCCAUCCACCAGACGCACAUGCAACAGCAGCAGCAGCAACAGGCAACCUCCCAGCAGCAGCAGCAGAACGGCAAGCAGCAGGCCCAGCAGAUGACCAUCGUCACCACCCAGCAGCAGCAGCAGCAACAGCAGCAGCAGCAUCCCCAGUCGCAGUCGCCACACCUGCAGCAGCAGCAACACUCGCAGCAGCAGCAGCAGCACUCGCAACAGCAGGCCGUCGCUGCAGCAGCAGCCGCUGCCGCCGCGCAUCAUCAGCAGCAGCAGGCGGUGGCCGCUGCCGUCUGUGCCGCGCAGCAGCAGGCGGUGGUCGUGCAGCAGCAGCAGUACCAGAUCCACUCGCAGCAGCAGUCGCCCCAGCAGCAGGUGCUCAGCAUCUCACCCAAGCAGGAACAAUUCCACAUCUUUGUCGGUGACUUGAGCUCAGAAAUUGAAACUCAGCAAUUGCGCGAAGCAUUCACACCAUUCGGCGAAAUCUCCGACUGUCGCGUGGUGCGCGAUCCACAAACCUUGAAGUCCAAGGGCUAUGGCUUUGUGUCCUUCAUCAAGAAAUCGGAAGCCGAGAGCGCCAUUACGGCCAUGAAUGGCCAGUGGCUUGGCUCCCGUUCAAUUCGCACGAAUUGGGCCACACGGAAACCGCCGGCGAGUAAAGAGAACAUCAAGCCGUUGACCUUUGAUGAGGUCUACAAUCAGAGCAGUCCCUCCAAUUGCACCGUUUACGUUGGUGGCGUCAACAGCGCCCUCACCGCCCUCAGCGAGGAGGUGCUCCAAAAGACAUUCGCGCCCUAUGGAGCGAUACAAGAGAUUCGUGUCUUCAAGGACAAGGGCUACGCCUUUGUGCGCUUCUCCACCAAGGAGGCCGCCACCCAUGCCAUCGUUGGGGUGCACAACACAGAACUUAAUGCACAGCCCGUGAAGUGCUCGUGGGGCAAGGAGAGCGGCGACCCGAACAAUGCCCAGACCAUCGCCACACAGGCACUCAAUAGCGCCGCCGCUGCCGCCGCCGGCUUCCCAUAUGGAUUGGGUGCCACUGCUGCCGCCGCCUACGGGCAGCAGCUGGCGGCCACCGGCUGCUGGUACUCGCCCACACCCACAUACCAGGCCUCCUCGGCCACGGCCACAGCUGUGACUCCGGCGGCGGCCAGCGCUGCUGCCGUGCAGAACCAAUUCCUGCAGGGCAUCCAGGGCUACCACUUUGGCCAGUACGGCGGCUAUCAGCAGGGAUACAUGGGUAUGGGAGUGCAGAUACCGGCCACCUGGCAAGGCGUCACCCAGGCCCAGAUCUCUCCUGCACAGCAAAUGGCAACGGGCGUGGCCGGGACUGCCAUACCGCAGGCCGCCGGCGUGGUCGCCUACCCGAUACAGCAGUUCCAAGUGAGCCCACAGUUGCCAGAAGAGGAAUGGCUAGCUGCAAAUAUGUUGUGUUAGUUCUCUGUUGUUUAGGCCAAAACGAAAGCGAAAUCGAAAUCGAAAACGAACACAAACCCAAUCCAAUAGCAAACCAAACCGAACCGAUAACUAAAGAAAAUAUAUGCAUAUUGCUACAGAUAUAUGAAUAGUAAAUAUAGAGAGAGAAGAACUCCCCCAUACACAAGUAAAAUAUAUUGAAAACAAUCAAAGUAUGCCAUCGAAUGAUAUUAAUUGAUAUUAGCUAAUCGAGCAUAGCCGUAAUCAAAUAGAUAUUAUCACAUAAUCAUAUAAGCCAACAGAAAGAAACACUUCAAUGCGAAUGCAGGAGCAGCCAGCAGCAGCAGAGCAGGAGCAGAAUCAAGAGCAGUCACAGAAAAUGAAACAUAAAUAAUCUAAUUAUAUAGAGGAAGAAGGGAGGAAGAGGAGUCCCAUUCACACAGACAAGUACACGAUACCGAUGAUACUGAUACCGAUACCGAUACCUAAGCAAGCAUUAAUCAACCUAUAAAUAAACGACACACAAACACACACACGAAAGUUUAUGCAGCAGAGUAAAAUGAGAGACGGCAAGCUACCCUUGAAGGAUACUCGUACAGGACAGGGGCGUAGACACGGUAGCAUUCCUUCCCUUUCAAGGAAGCCUACAGUUAAGGUACAUACAUACAUACACACAUUACAUAUUGAGUAAAUGGCAGUACAUGAAUGUGAAACAUAAGAUAGCCAUAGCCAUAGCCAUACAAACAAAACGAACAACUAAAGGUGUAGCAUAUACUAUAAAUAGACAUAGAGACAGACGGUUACAUACAUAUAUAUAUAUAGAGUAUACAGCAUAUGCAUUAAACAAACAUGCUUAUAUAACAUACUAAACAAAAAACGGUAUUGAUAGCGAACACUCACAGUCAUCCUCACAUCCAGAACACCCACUUACACUCACACUCCCAACUCCCCAACUCCCCAACUCACACCAAACUCCCACGCAGACGAAUAGGAAUACUUGUACACGGUAUUUACGUACAGAGAAGAAAAACUAUGGGGGCAUAUGGUAAAUUAUAUUUAUUGCAUAUUGUGUUGCAUGUGUUGGAUGAUAAAUCACAUAUAGAUGUUCAAAAUGAAAACCAAUUAAAAUGAUGACAACAACAAAUAAAAAACCCAAGUAAUAGAAAAUAGUACACACACACAUAAACGUAUGUACGUGAGUGUAUGAUGGGCAACGGAUAAUUAAGCUUCAGAUAUUUUCCAUGGACGAGUGAGGUCGGGCACAAUUUGCAUUUGACACGCCCCAAAAUCCCAAAUUGUGGCUGUUAGAGCACUUUUUUAGUGAAAUUUUUCGGCAGCAAAAGAGGCUGAAUAGAAAAGGAAUAGAAUGAGCAUUUAGUUACUUGGGUGUGGCCCCGAGCACGAUAUGAUAUAUGUAUGUCUAUUGAUAAUCGAAAGAAAGCACACACACAUAGCCUAGUAUGGAUAUAUUUUUGUGUUAGCUAGAUGGUAGAUUGAUGAAUGGAUGCUCACUCAUUAUGAUUAGCCAGGGUCGCAGAGUUUUAGCCGCGGAUCGAAGGUAAGAGACGUUGAUGGAGACGUCGACCCACACCAUGUAACUGUAGACACUAGGGUCGGUUGUACUGUAUAUUUAAAUGUUUUUAGCACUAGAAACUAGAGAAACUACGUGAAGCACUGCAUGUUAAACCAGGACGGCAAACGACUUAGAUGUAGAUGUGAUUUUAAAGCGGAAAAGUGACGGGGGAUUGGACUGGUAUCGGAGCGAUAGAGGCACGAAGAGAAAUGCAUUUUUCUGUUGUCAUUUCAUUUUCUAGAACUUUUUUUGUUACGUAUCAAAAGCGGGAACGAAAAUUUCACAAUAUUGUUGACCAAACAAACAAAAGAAAAAUAAAACACAAAAAAAGAAAAUAUAUAAAAAAAAAUUCAAAGAGAAACCAAAACUGUUUCGGUGAAAACUUAAAUUUGGCUAUAAGAAAACAGAAGUGAAGAACAUUUAUAAGAGCAAAAGUUUAUAGUUAAGAAGAAAACCAAAAAAGAGAAAAAACAAAA